CAGCUUGCUUGCUCCCAGUUCUCUCCCUCUCAUUAUAAAUAGGGGUAACAUACCAUGGGAUCUAAUUAUUCACACAUAGCAAGAUUCAAAAAGCGAUCUCAACUCCUUCCUGCCUCCGCGCACAUACCAAACACACAAAAUCAUGGGAAUCAUAGACCAUAUUUCAGAUUUAUUUACAGUUUCAAGCACAAGAAAGAGCAAAAGAAAACCAAUGCAGACAGUCGAUGUGAGGGUGAAAAUGGACUGCGAAGGAUGCGAACGAAGAGUUAGACAUGCUGUUACCUCCAUGAAAGGUGUAAGAGAUGUGGAAGUAAACCGGAAGGAGAGCCAUGUAGCAGUAACGGGAUACGUGGAUGAAAAAAAAGUGAUAAAAAGAAUAAAGAGAAGUGGGAAGAAAGCGGAGGCAUGGCCCUAUGUUGAACAUUAUUUGACAUAUCAUCCCUACGCACCAGGUGCUUACGAUAAGAAAGCUCCUUCUGGUUUUGUGAGAGAUGUGGAUCAAGCCUAUCCCUCUCCUAAUCAACUCAAAUACACCACUUUUUUCAGUGAUGAUAAUGUUAAUGCAUGUUCAAUUAUGUGAUCUCCGUUUUGCGCAACUGCUUUUUCUAGCACUUUGGAUUGGUUUGUUGCAAGCUUUGUUAUAUAUAUGUCUUUAUCAAGUUUUGUACAUUGGCAGGGGUGCAUGGACGUACAAAUGAAAUAUCUUUCGUGAGUUAUGUUUUCUCAA